GUCAUAAUUAAUCUGCUUCAGUUGAGAAAUUUCUGAUUGCAACAUCUUUUGGGCUGUUAGUAACAACAUGCUGCAGUGACAGCUGCCUCUGGAAGGAGCUGGGAUCACCCGAAGCUCCUGAGAUUUGAAGACGGCUCCCCGGAGAAUUCAGGCAGACCCCAAAUGUGGCAGCUUCUAGCAGCAGCAUGCUGGAUGCUUCUUCUUGGACCUCUAUAUGGUUAUCACAAGAAAGGAAGCAUCACAAAUCCUGAAGCUCGUAUGAAUAUUAGCCAAAUUAUUUCUUACUGGGGUUAUCCUUAUGAAAAUUAUGAUGUUGUGACAAAAGAUGGCUAUAUCCUUGGAAUUUACAGGAUACCUCAUGGGAGAGGAUGUCCGAGAACAGAUCCAAGGCCUGUUGUGUAUUUGCAACAUGGCUUAGUUGCAUCUGCCAGUAACUGGAUUUGCAACUUGCCCAACAACAGCUUGGCUUUCCUUCUAGCAGAUACUGGUUAUGAUGUGUGGAUGGGGAACAGCCGGGGGAAUACCUGGUCCAGAAAACACUUGAAAUUCUCACCAAAAUCACCAGAAUUCUGGGCCUUCAGUUUGGAUGAAAUGGCUAAAUAUGAUCUUCCAGCCACGAUUGAUUUUAUUGUAGAGAAAACUGGACAGGAGCGACUCUUCUAUGUGGGCCACUCCCAAGGCACUACUAUCGCUUUCAUAGCAUUCUCUACAAAUCCAGAGCUGGCUAAAAGGAUUAAAAUAUUUUUUGCAUUGGCUCCAGUCAUUACAGUGAAAUACACCCACAGUCCUAUGAGAAAAUUAACAAAUCUUUCCAGAGAAGCAGUCAAGGUGUUAUUUGGUGACAAGAUGUUCUCUCCUCAUACAUUACUUGAACAAUUCAUUGCCACCAAAGUGUGCAACCGGAAGCUAUUUCAUCGUAUUUGCAGCAACUUCCUAUUUUCUUUUUGUGGAUUUGAUCCAAAAAACUUAAACAUGAGUCGCUUGGAUGUUUAUUUGGCACAGAGUCCAGCAGGAACAUCUGUUCAGAACAUGCUACACUGGGCCCAGGCAGUUAAUUCUGGUCUGUUCCGGGCUUAUGAUUGGGGAAACCCUUAUCAGAACAUGAUACACUUCCAACAGUUGACACCUCCCUUAUACAACGUUACUAAGAUGGAAGUGCCAACAGCAAUAUGGAGUGGUGGACAUGACCGUGUGGCUGAUCCCAGGGACGUUGAAAAUGUACUCCCAAACAUUACCAGUCUUAUUUAUUACAAAUUUAUUCCACACUACAAUCAUGUGGAUUUUUACCUUGGACAGGAUGCACCCCAGGAAAUUUACCAAGACCUGAUUAGAAUGAUGGAGGACUAUUUCUAAAACCAAACACCUUUUU